AAUUUCGGUUGAAAAAGUAAAAACCGGAAUAACGGAUACAAACCUCCACAUUUCUUUACCCCUCCCCUCCCCUCCGCUCACCUUCUAUUUUAUCUCUCCAUUUCCGACUCCACUCUAAAAUCCCAAACACACGCACACAAACACACAGAUAAAAAAAAACUUCACGCACAUUCAAAGCUAAACCAUAAAAACCAGAAGUACUCUUCCGAUCCUGAUCCCGAUCUUCCUUCUCAUGAGUUCCGAUACUCCGUCCUCCGCCGCCGACACUAACACGGCUGGAGCUUCUUCUUCAUCACCGUCGGAGACGAUGACGGACAAGCAGAAGGAGAAAGCGAGAGUGAGCAGGACGUCGUUGAUACUGUGGCACGCUCACCAAAACGACGCCGCUGCCGUCCGGAAGCUUUUAGAGGAAGAUCCGUCUCUCGUUCGAGCUAUGGAUUACGAUAGCCGGACUCCGCUCCACGUGGCAUCUCUCCAUGGAUGGGUCGAUGUCGCUAAGUGCUUGAUUGAAUUUGGAGCCGAUGUCAACGCCCAAGAUCGCUGGAAAAAUACGCCACUAGCUGAUGCAGAAGGCGCAAAAAAGCACAACAUGAUUGAACUGCUAAAAUCAUACGGUGGCUUGUCAUAUGGCCAAAAUGGAAGCCAUUUUGAACCAAAGCCUGUUCCACCCCCUCUACCAAACAAGUGUGACUGGGAAAUUGAACCUUCUGAGCUGGACUUCUCAAACUCAAACAUUAUUGGAAAGGGAUCUUUUGGUGAGAUUUUGAAAGCCAGUUGGCGUGGAACACCGGUAGCUGUCAAACGCAUUCUUCCAUCCCUCUCAGAUGAUAGAUUGGUGAUUCAGGACUUCAGACAUGAGGUUAAUUUGCUAGUCAAGCUUCGCCAUCCUAAUAUAGUCCAGUUUCUGGGAGCUGUCACUGAUAGGAAGCCCCUUAUGUUAAUUACUGAAUAUCUACGAGGGGGUGAUCUUCAUCAGUACCUCAAGGAAAAGGGUGCACUAAGUCCAUCAACAGCCAUAAACUUUGCGUUGGACAUUGCCAGAGGCAUGGCAUAUCUUCACAAUGAACCAAAUGUCAUUGUUCACAGAGACCUAAAACCAAGGAAUGUUCUUUUAGUCAACUCCAAUGCAGACCAUUUGAAAGUUGGAGAUUUUGGUCUAAGCAAGCUCGUCAAGGUUCAAAACUCACAUGACGUGUACAAAAUGACUGGCGAGACAGGAAGUUACCGGUAUAUGGCUCCUGAAGUUUUCAAGCACCGGAAAUACGAUAAGAAAGUUGAUGUUUUCUCUUUUGCAAUGAUACUGUAUGAGAUGCUUGAAGGGGAGCCGCCCUUUUCAGAUUUUGAGCCUUAUGAAGCAGCCAAGUAUGUGGCAGAAGGACACAGGCCAACAUUUCGUUCCAAAGGAUUUAAUAUCUCUGACCUCAGAGAGUUGACGGAUCAGUGUUGGGCAGCUGACAUGAAUAGAAGACCUGCUUUCUUAGAAAUUCUUAAGAGACUUGAAAAGAUCAAGGAAAACUUACCGACAGAUCAUCACUGGAAUUUAUUCAAUCCAUAGCGUGGAGCACAAUGACAUGGUCAGAUCUUGUACUCAAGAUUGUGCAGGUGUUGUGGAUAGAUUUUACUGAAGAUGAUUGUGAGUGUUAUUGCUGUUACUGGUUUUCCAUAAAAUGCCCUCUAUUAUCUUCGUUAGAAUAGGCAAGGUAUUUCAUUCAGUUAACAAACAUAUAAAAUGUAUCAUCAUCUGACCCGUCAUUUUUUACUCCUUUGUUUUCUUAUUGCAAGACAUGAGAAUCAGCAAUAUUCCAUGUCCAGAUAUUUUUAAAGCAUCAAGGUUGUGUUUUGAUAA